AGUUUGUGGUCAGUCGGAACUAUUUGUGUGCCGGAACCAUUUCCGGAAGCUGUCAGCUUUUGUGCACCGCGUCCACUGCGAUGAGUUUCGAGUGGCCCUGGCAAUACAACUUUCCUCCGUUUUUUACACUACAGCCCAAUGCUGACACCAGACAGAAACAACUGGCGGCCUGGUGCUCCCUGGCUCUGUCCUACUGCCGGCAUCACAAGCUGUACACCCUGGAUGUCAUGGAAGCACAAGAGAGCCCCAUGUUUAACAACAAGAAGAUAGAACGAAAACUGUCAAUCGAAGCGAUUCAAAUUGUGUUUGAGGAGCUGAGAAAAAAGGGCAACCUGGAAUGGUUGGACAAAAAUAAGUCGCGUUGUUUAGUCAUGUGGAGACGACCGGAGGAAUGGGGCAAAUUAAUAUACCAGUGGGUUUCCAAAAACGGGAUGCUUAACUCUGUGUUUACACUUUAUGAGCUCUCCAACGGAGACGACACUCAAGAUGAAGAGUUUCACGGGUUGGAAGAAUGGAUGCUGCUGCGCUCUCUGCAGGCGCUGCAGACUGACGGCAGAGCAGAGAUCAUCACCAUGGACGAUGGGAAAGGUGUCAAAUUCUUCUGAAGGGACGCUGGAACUCUCAGUGCGUCUGCCGGCCCCUCGUGUCAUACCAUUGAUCCAUCGAUGGCUUCGUCAGGUGCACCUCCACGCCCAGCCAAACGGAUGCGUCGUUGUCGCCUUUUAGUUCUUUUUUCCAGACAUAAAAUCUCCAUGGAAUCAUAAGAUGGUCAAUAAAGGUGACAACUCGUCACCACAUCAACACGCGAUGAGGGGAAUUCAUUUUAUCUUGUCUAAAUACUUAACGGGGAAAGAUUUUUGUUUCCCUAUCAGCUGUAACUUUUCUCUUAUUAUUGUUUCUCUGUUAACACAUUUAUCAUCAUCUCGAUCCCAAACAGCUCUCAGAAUAUAUUGACACCAGGUGGACUUAAUUUUCCCAGAGAAACAAUGCUUCCAGAAGAGGAGCAGGAGCGUGUCUCGUCUCCGCUGCACACAAUUAGUGGAUCCGAUGUACAGGUGGCUGUCCUCCUAUUAUCAUGCUGUAGCUACUGUGAUGCUCCUGUUGUCUCCUUUUCUUUUUUCAUAUCUGGUAGGAGAAUAAAUAAGACUUUCUUA